GGGAGGCCGCCGGCGGGCAGAGGACAGAGAAGCCAAGCGGCCGCCACCGCAUGGGUACCCGCUCCCUUCCUGCCGCCGAUGGCUCCGAUCUGGGCACGCCCGUGACGCCCGCCCGCUGUGCUCGAUGCUGCAGGGGCGGCCGCCCGCGGACGACGAAUCCUACCUGACGCGUCUGUACGGGAGAGCGCCCCGCAAGGGGCCGACGCCGGGCCUCAGGAGGAGCCCGCCGCCUCGCUUCAAUUCGACGGCGCCGCCCGUCAACAGGAAGCCGCGCCCCCAGGCGGUGGAAGGCGCCAAAGGCGCCACGAUGAAAGGCUCCCAGCCGAAAGCGGCGGCGCGCCGGUCCUCCCGCCUGCCCUCUGCGGAAUCCGCCGACCUUCCCGUGGGCCCUGCCGAGGUUCCCUCUCCGUCUGUGGCCAUCCCGCUCGCGCAUCCGAGGAUAGGCCCCUCCCCCAGGUGUCGGCACAACGUGUCCUCACCUCCUGUCGCAUUUUCACUUCUGGCCCACGCGGAGGCGGAGCACGAGCCACCCACAGCAGGCCCUCCUCCCGUUCCCACUCCAGAUCCUCCCGCUCCGGAUCCUCCCUCCCAACCAAGUCCCGGACCCCUGGAGGAGGACCGGGAUCUCGCCGCGGAGUCGGGAGCUGCGGCGGAUGAAGGACUCCAGGUCCAACCGGACUCGCCCGCGGGUCUCGAGCAAGAGCAAGCGGAGCCACCGGAUGACCGCGACGCGCGGCCCGCUCCAUCCGGCGCCGCGGAAAGCGUGGCGAGGACGAGCCAGGACGAUCCGGAUGAAGGCGGCGAGAUCCCCGGGAGGGAAUUCCUGUCCGUCGCCGAUGCGGGGCAGGAGGAGUCCGCCGGGGACGAGGGAGCGUUUCACCAGGACGGCGAUCCGUCUCCUCCUCCGCUCGUCUACCGGGGUCCGGUCCGCCCGGCCGAGAACCGCGGCGCCGUCUCUCCGCCUCCUCGCAGCUCUGCGCCAAACCUGGACGACCGCACGCUCGACCGAAUGGUGCAAUGGUUGGAGCAGCAGCUGAUGGCGAGAAUGAUCCGCGGGCGGUCCCCGCCUGCGCUCCCUGAGCAGAAUGAGCCGUCGGACGCCGAGGAGCCGAGUCUCGCCUCGGACGUCGUGGAGGCGGCCGGCGGCGGAGGUCUUCAGUUCUUCGUGGAUGCCGGCGUUCAAGUGGACUCACCUUUGGUCAAGGAGCUGGUGAAUGAGGUUUUGUCCGAGAUGGUGGACCAGGCGCUGGCUCCGAGGGAGCCGCCGGUUCCGGGACCCGCGCCGGAUCGAGGACCGAGGCCGGGACCGAAUCCUGGCCCGGGGGGACCUUCUUCCUUCCGGGGGGAAACCGUUCCUGUGGUCCCCGCGGUUCCUGUGGUGGUGACACCUCUGCCCACCCCGCUUCCGAGUCCCGCUGCGUCCAUCGAAGAGCCCCUCCCUCUCUCCACGCCCGCGCCGUCUGAAGCCACCAGCUUGCCGAUGGACGAUUCCCCGCAGCCGAGCGUCACGGCCCCUCCAGAGCCUGUAGCCACGCCCAUCCCCAGCCCCGAACCGAGCCCCCCCGCAGAAAUUCCCCCUUCCGUCCAUCAAGUCGCCGACGCGCCGUCCUCGGGGAAAGCCAGCCCGCCGUCGGACGACAAGGAAGAGCACCUGGACACCCGAUCACCACCGCCGGAAGCGCAAGUGGAAGAAGCCGUUCGCUCGCCUCCGCGCGCCCCCUCCCCGGCGGCCCCCCCACCUCAGGACGAUCCGAAGUCUCCCUCCGCUGCUUCCGAUGACAGCACCAGCACCGGCAGCAGCUCAAACAGCAGUACGGUGACUGGAAGCGAGACGGGCCUCAAACUGGUCUCGGAAGGAGAACUGCUGAUCAGCUUCAAGCACGCGGAUGCCACGACGGAAGCGGACACUUCCUCGAGUUCCCUUCAAGAUGAGGACCUUGAGCCCCCCAGUGAAGGACAGGUCAAAGUGCACAUGAUGGAGAUAGCGCACACUGUCCAAGGAGAGAGAUCACUGGAGGAGGAGGAGCUAAGCUCAGGUGAAGUGUCGGACUCGAUCGCUCCUCAACUUGAUCGAAAAAUCAAUCACUCUGGAGAGGCCAUUUUGGAGCCGACCAAUGGCGGCGUCGACUUGGACCUGACUUCGGCGGCCAGUCACAUGCCGGCCUCCGACCUCCAAAGUGAACCCUCUCAGGUGUUGCCGUUCAAAAGGUCGAGCCCACAAGCAGGCCAACCGGAAGUGAGCAUCAGAACCUCGGCGGCCCCCGAGAAGAUGUCGCCAUCCUCAGAAGACUCAAGUGAUUUCUUCUAACGUACUGUCGAGGCGCCGAAGGCCCGCUGAUGACAUUUGACAAUGUGGUGGCCGGCGGCUUUAGGACCCUGCAGCCAGCCUCAUCGGAGGUGGGGUGUGGCGGUCUACCCGGAAAAGGUUUUAGCUUCAGGAAGUAGUUUUCUACCACAAUAAAAUGUGGCGUAAUAGCUUCAUGAUGGACAUUGUUGAUUUUUAAUUAGUCAUUUUUAUCAUUUCUUACGAAUAGCAAUAAAGAUGGAAUUAUUUAAACGGCGUGGUUUGUAAUGUGCCUGAACAAAAUCAGUUUGUUCUUGUUCGUUGAGCUCAUCGCACGAAUGAGCUUUUUUUUGUUUCUCUUCUGCAAAAAAAGUAUUGGAUGUGGAAUUAAAUAAUCGCACUAAGUCAU